AUGGUAGAAACGUCGCCGCCGGCCAACAAGAUCACGAUCCGGCGCGGCAGGGUCGCCGACACCGCGGCCAUCAGCCGGGCGCACUAUGAGGCGCUGGACCAGUUCCACGAGUUCUACGGGACGUUUUUCAAGAUGCACCCGAGGGAGCUGAUCCCGAUGAUGACGGGGCGGGCGUUUGCCGAGACGGCGCCGGCGCAGGUGUUUUACGUGGCCGAGGACGGCGGAACUGGGGAUGUGGUUGGGUUCGUACGGUAUAGCAUCAAAGAGGCUAGGAAGGAGGAGGAGAAGGAGAAGGAGAAGGAGGAUGAGGAGAAGAAGAAGAAGCGGGAAGAUGGAGAGUCGCCGUUUGCCUGCAAAGAGGAACUGCGGGAGGUAUGGAAGGCGUUUAAUGAGGCGCAGGGUGAGAGGGACGCGACGCUGGAGGGUGCUGCGAAAGGACAGCGACACAUGUGGAUCCAGCAUCUUAUGAUCCGGCCGUCGCACCAGCGCCGGGGCGUCGGGCGGGCGCUGCUGUCGACGGCGCUGGAGUGUGCUGAUGCUGAGGGCCUGCCCUCUGUGAUCGUGUCGUCGGCCGAGUCGGUGCGGCUGUACAGCCAGGCCGGGUUCGCGUCGCUGGACAGCUUCCGGCUGGACAACGGGCACUGGGCGCGGGAGGCGGCGCGGGCGAUGGCUGACGCGCGGGAGGGCGAGGGGCUGGUGGCGCGGUACGACGGCGUGUUUGAGGUGGAGGAUGUGAUGGUAAGGGAUGCACGCGGAGGGGAGGUGCCUGUUUGA